GAGAGACGUGUGAUCUGGGUGAAAAAUGCGUGAAGAAGUUGACUUGAGCUUGACCAUACCCUCGAAGAUUUUGGGAAAGCGAGACAGAGAAAAAAAAGGUAAAGAAGAAACAAACAAAAACAAAAAAGAGAGAGCUAAAAUGCAGCAAAAGGACCCAAUUCUUCUCACUAGUGCCACUCACAAGUUUCUUCCUGCUUUGACCAUGCCGUACGGUGAAAUCGAAAUCGGCGACGAUUUUCGCUCUCUCGACUGUGACGCCGAUGUUUCCUCCGACAUUCACCUCUCUUCUUCUUCCUCUUUUUAUUCGUUUUCUUCUUCUUCGUCUUCUUUGUGUACCGAUGAUCCUUCAUCGAAAAUGGAGAAAGACCCUAGAAAAAUCGCCAGGAGGUAUCAGGUGGAGCUGUGUAAGAAAGCAAUGGAGGAGAACAUUAUUGUUUAUUUGGGAACAGGUUGUGGGAAGACUCACAUUGCAGUGAUGGUUAUAUAUGAGCUUGGUCAUUUGGUUCUUAGUCCCAAGAAAAGUGUUUGUAUUUUUCUUGCUCCCACGGUGGCUUUGGUUGAACAGCAAGCUAAGGUCAUAGCGGACUCUGUCAACUUCAAAGUUGCAGUCCAUUGUGGAGGCAAGAGGAUUGUGAAGAGCCACUCUGAGUGGGAGAGAGAGAUUUCAGAGAAUGAGGUUCUUGUUAUGACUCCACAAAUACUUCUGCACAACUUACAGCACUGUUUCAUCAGGAUGGAGUGUAUCUCCCUUCUAAUAUUUGAUGAGUGUCACCAUGCUCAACAACAAAGCAACCAUCCUUAUGCGGAAAUCAUGAAGGUUUUCUAUAAAUCAGAAAGUUUACAACGGCCUCGAAUAUUUGGAAUGACUGCAUCUCCAGUUGUUGGCAAAGGAUCUUUUCAAUCAGAGAAUUUAUCGAAAAGCAUAAAUAGCCUUGAAAAUUUGCUCGAUGCCAAGGUUUAUUCAGUGGAAAGCAAUGUCCAGCUGGAUGGUUUUGUUUCAUCUCCUAUAGUCAAAGUAUAUUAUUAUCAGUCAGCUAUAAGUGAUGCAUCUCAAUCAACCAUCAGAUAUGAAAACAUGCUGGAGGACAUCAAACAGCGGUGCUUGACAUCAAUUAAGCUGCAGAUUGAUACCCAUCAAACACAAACCCUCCUAAAUAUGAAAAGGCUUCUCAAAAAAACUCAUGAUAAUCUCAUAUAUUCUCUGGUGAAUCUUGGCCUCUGGGGAGCAAUACAGGCUGCUAAAAUUCAAUUGAAUAGUGAUGUACAAGAAGAGCCUGUGGGCGAGAAUCCUAAGUCAAAGAUAUGUGAUACAUAUCUUUCUCUGGCUGCUGAGGUCCUCUCUUCUGGUGUUGCUAAAGAUGAGAGUGCAUCUGAACUCCUCAGCUUAGCAGCGUUGAAGGAACCAUUAUUCUCUAGAAAGCUAGUUCAAUUGAUUGAGAUCCUUUCAGUAUUCAGGCUAGAGCCACACAUGAAGUGUAUAAUAUUUGUCAAUCGGAUUGUGACUGCAAGAACAUUGUCAUGCAUACUAAAUAACUUGGAACUGCUACGGUCUUGGAAGUCUGAUUUCCUUGUUGGACUUAGUUCUGGACUGAAGAGCAUGUCAAGGAGGGGUAUGGAAACAAUACUUAAACGGUUCCAAUCUAAAGAGCUCAAUUUACUGGUUGCCACUAAAGUUGGUGAAGAAGGCCUUGAUAUUCAGACAUGCUGUCUUGUGAUCCGUUAUGAUUUACCAGAGACUGUUACCAGCUUCAUACAGUCCAGAGGUCGUGCUCGAAUGCCUCAGUCUGAAUAUGCGUUUCUAGUGGACAGCGGAAACGAGAAAGAGAUGGAUCUUAUUGAAAAUUUUAGAGUAAAUGAAGAUCGAAUGAAUCAGGAAAUUACUUCCAGAACGUCAGAGGAAACUUGUCCUAUACUUGAUGAGGAGUUAUACAAAGUUCAUGAGACAGGAGCUUGUAUCAGUGGUGGAAGUAGCAUCUCCCUUCUCUAUAAAUAUUGUUCUAGGCUUCCACAUGAUGAAUUUUUUCAGCCCAAGCCAGAGUUUCAAUUCAAGCCUGUUAAUGAAUUUGGUGGAACUAUCUGUCGCAUAACUUUACCUGCUAAUGCUCCUAUAAGUGAAAUCGUCAGUUCACUACUACCUUCAACUGAAGCUGCUAAAAAGGAUGCUUGUCUAAAGGCUGUGUAUGAGUUGCACAACUUGGGUGUACUUAACGAUUUUCUGUUGCCAGAUUCAAAGGAUGAAAUUGAGGACGAGUUGUCAGAUGAUGAAUUUGAUUUUGAUAACAUCAAAGGUGAAGGUUGUUCACGAGGUGAACUGUAUGAGAUGGUUGUUCCUGUCUUAUUUAAACAAAAGUGGGAUUCAUCAAGAAGUUGUGUCAAUCUUCAUUCUUACUACAUAAGGUUUGUGCCUCAUCCCGCAGAUAGGAGCUACAAAAAGUUUGGUUUCUUCAUGAAGUCACCUCUUCCCAUUGAGGCUGACACUAUGGAUAUCGAUCUUCACCUUGCUCAUCAAAGAUCUGUAAGUGUAAAGAUUUUUCCAUCAGGAGUCACAGAAUUCGACAACGAUGAGAUAAGGCUAGCUGAGCUUUUCCAGGAGGUUGCCCUGAAGGUUCUUUUUGAACGGGGGGAGCUGAUCCCGGAAUUUGUGCCCUUAGAACUGCAAGACUCUUCUAGAACAAGCAAAUCUACAUUCUACCUUCUUCUUCCAAUCAGUCUGCAUGAUGCAGAAAGUGUUAUAUCUGUAGAUUGGGUGACUAUCAGAAGCUGCUUGUCAUCACCAAUCUUUAAGACUCCAUCUGUUUUAGUGGAAGAUAUAGUUCCUCCUACGGGAUCUUAUUUAAAUCUAGCAAAUGGCUGCUGGAAUAUUGAUGAUGUGAAGAACAGCUUGGUUUUUAUGACCCACAAUAAACAGUUUUACUUUGUAGCUGAUAUCUGCUACGGAAGAAAUGGGUUCAGUCCUGUUAAGGAAUCUAGCACCAAAAGCCAUAUGGAGAACAUAUAUAAGUUGUAUGGCGUGGAACUCAAGUAUCCUGGACAGCCACUCUUGCGUGUGAAACCACUUUGUCAUGUUCGGAACUUGCUUCACAACAGAAUGCAGAAGAAUUUGGAACCACAAGAACUUGAUGAAUACUUCAUAGAGAUUCCUCCCGAGCUUUCUCAGUUAAAGAUAAAAGGAUUAUCUAAAGAAAUCGGAAGCUCGUUAUCCUUGCUACCAUCAAUCAUGCAUCGUGUGGAGAAUUUACUCGUGGCUAUUGAACUGAAACAUGUGAUGUCUGCUUCGAUCCCUGAGAUAGCUGAAGUUUCUGGUCACAGAGUACUCGAGGCGCUCACAACAGAGAAAUGUCAUGAGCGCCUUUCUCUUGAAAGGCUUGAGGUGCUUGGUGAUGCAUUCCUCAAGUUUGCUGUUAGCAGACACCUUUUUCUACACCAUGAUAGGCUUGAUGAAGGAGAGUUGACUCGGAGACGCUCUAAAGCCGUUAACAAUUCCAACUUGUGUAGGCUUGCAAUAAAAAGAAAUUUGCAGGUCUACAUCCGUGAUCAAGCAUUAGAUCCUACUCAGUUCUUUGCAUUUGGCCAUCCAUGCAGAGUAACCUGUGACGAGGUAACGAGUGAAGAGGUUCAUUCCUUGAAUAGGGUUCCUGGGCUCUUGGAGUCAAAUAGUGAAAUCAGAUGUAGCAAAGGACAUCAUUGGUUGUACAAGAAAACAAUUGCUGAUGUGGUUGAGGCUCUUGUGGGAGCUUUCUUAGUUGACAGUGGCUUCAAAGGUGCUGUGAAAUUUCUUAGCUGGAUUGGUGUAAAUGUUGAUUUUGAAUCCUUGCAAGUACAAGAUGCUUGUAUUGCAAGCAGGCGCUACAUGCCCCUCACUACUCGCAAUAAUUUGGAGGCCCUUGAAAACCAGCUUGACUAUAACUUCCUCCACAAAGGUCUACUUGUACAAGCCUUUAUCCAUCCAUCUUACAACAGGCAUGGAGGAGGCUGCUACCAGAGAUUGGAGUUUCUUGGGGAUGCUGUUCUGGACUACUUGAUGACAUCCUAUUUUUUCACUGUCUUCCCGAAACUGAAACCUGGUCAACUGACCGAUCUAAGAUCGCUCUCAGUAAAUAAUAAGGCGCUAGCAAAUGUUGCUGUCAGUUUUUCGCUAAAGAGAUUUCUAUUUUGCGAGUCCGUAUAUCUCCAUGAAGCUAUAGAGGAUUAUACCAAUUUCCGGGCAGCGUCCCCAUUGGCAAGUGGACCAUCUGAAGGUCCAAGAUGCCCAAAGGUUCUUGGUGACUUGGUAGAAUCCUGUUUGGGGGCUCUUUUCCUCGAUUGUGGAUUCAACUUGAAUCAUGUCUGGACUAUGAUGCUAUCAUUUCUAGAUCCGGUCAAAAACUUGUCUAACCUGCAGAUUAGUCCUAUAAAGGAACUGAUUGAACUUUGCCAGUCUUACAAGUGGGAUCGGGAAAUAUCAGCGACGAAAAAGGAUGGUGGUUUUUCUGUUGAAUUAAAAGUGACCAAGAAAGGUUGUUGCCUUACAGUUUCUGCAACUGGUCGGAACAAAAGAGAGAGCACAAAAAAGGCUGCACAGCUGAUGAUUACAUCCCUGAAGGCUCAUGAGCAAAUAACAACCUCUCAUCCGUUGGAGGAUGUUCUGAAGAAUAGCAACCUUAAUGAAGCUAAAUUAAUUGGCUACAAUGAAGAUCCUAUAGAUGUUGUGAAUCUUGUUGGGCUGGACGUUGAAAACCUAAAAAUCCAAGAAAAUCUUGGCGAGAAUAGUGAAAUAAGCAGCUCAUACGUCAUCAGACGAGGUCUCCCCCAGGCACCAUCUAAAACAGAAGACAGGCUUCCUCAAAAGACCAUCAUAGAAGCAGGUCGACCAAGCAGCAAAACCGCAAAAUCCCUCUUGCACGAAACAUGUGUUGCUAACUGUUGGAAGCCACCACACUUUGAAUGUUGUGAGGAGGAAGGACCAGGCCACCUGAAAUCAUUCUUCUAUAAGGUAAUCCUGGAAGUUGAAGAUGCGCCCAAUAUGACAUUGGAGUGUUAUGGUGAGGCUAGAGCAACGAAGAAAGGUGCAGCAGAGCACGCUGCCCAAGCUGCUAUAUGGUGCCUCAAGCAUUCUGGAUUCCUUUGAUGAUGAUCUCGAGCAGCUUUAUAUCGGUUAGAAAUAGAGGUUAUCAUUGGCAUAUAACUUUACCAGAGCUACAUAUUAGCAUAUAUGAUCGACACAUACAAUUUCUCGAAAAAGAGAAAAAGAUGUCUGAAGACUACCUUAAACCACCAUAGAUUUUGGAGCGAAGAGCUUUCAAGGCUAAAGUUUUCUUCGAUCGCUCUUCUGAAUAUAAGUACUUAUAUGUUUACUUGAUGCUUGAUGAACCCUUAGCAUGAUGUAGGCCCCAAAAAAAUAGUUUACUCUCA